AUGUCCGCAGCGCGGGAGGAGGGAGCGCCGGGCGCGGGGUUGCGGGGCCGCGGCGUCGCCGCCUUCCCGGCCGCGGCGGCUCCGGCCUGGGCUGCGCUGGGCUCUCGGGGCCGGGCCGGCGGCUGCGCGCAGGCCGAGGGCGGCGGCGGCGGCGAGAGGCCCGACCGACGGGAAGGGCAGGGGAAGCUGUCAGCGCGUCGCCGGGCCGCUCCGGUGGCGAAACCUCCUCUUCCUGCCCCGGCUCUCUGGUGCACUUCUCUCUCUUUCUCUCUCGCUCACUCUCUCACUUCCUGGCUGGAAAUUCCCACUGACGUCGAGAGAGUAGACAGACAGACGGACACACGCGCGCAAGGCGCGGGGGCGGGAGGUGGGGUCGCCGCCGGGGGUGGGGAAAGCCCGCACUCCGGGGCGACCGUGCGCCCCCGGCCCGGCCCCGCCUGCCGGGUCGGCGCCCGCCCCCCGGAGCCGCUGCGGGGCGCAGGCGAGGGGCGCGCGCUCGGCGGCCGGGACGCCGGGGUCCCCCGCCGGCGCUCCCGGAGCCGCGAGGCCAGUAGCGGACGGGGACGCCCCCUGCGAGCGCCCGCGGGGCCGAGUCUUCCCGAGAAGCGGGAGGCGCGGAGGCGGCGGCCCUGCGGUUGUCCGGAGUCGAGCGGUCCAGAGCCCCUGAGGACAGGCCCGAGCAUCUGGAGGGGAUGA